AUGUCCACUCAAAGACCUUUCCAAUUGAACCACGGAUCCAUCGAACACACUUUUUUGGUACCGCAACCACUCUUUUUCAACUACUCACAAUUGAAAGAUGAUUUUCUCAAGACGCUACCAGAACCAACUGAAGGUUUUGCAGACGAUGAGGAACCAGCAAGUCCCGUUGAAUUAUACGGCAAAUUCUUGGGCUUUAUGAGCCAACAGCAACAACAACAGCAACAACAGCAACAGCAACAACAGCAACAACACUCCAAAAUACAACAAUUGGAUGAAUGUUUAAGCAAUUCAAUCAAGGAUUUUGAAGCAACCUUUUUGGAAAACAACGACAAUAUCCACUCAUUUGCAGUUAAACUCUUGCAAGACGAAACUUUCCCAACCACCCAAUUGAAAGUUAAGAACCUCAUCAAGAACUACUACCAAUCAAUAAACUCAUCAAUUGAAAAAAAUGAAUCAAACUUGACAUUCCAAGCUACCCAAAAGAGAGCCCAAUUGGCUGCCAUCUUUGGUGGUCAAGGAAAUACUGACGACUACUUUGAAGAAUUGAGAGAAAUCUUCAACUUGUACCAAAGCUUGGUUGUUGAAGACAUUUUGCUUCCAAUCUCAAAGGAAUUGAAGCAAUUGGUGAAACAAAAUACCGAGUUUGACAAAAUUUAUACCCAAGGACUCGACAUUAUCCACUGGUUAAAACACCCAGAACAAACACCAGACCAGGACUACUUGUUGAGCGUUCCAGUCAGUUGUCCAGUGAUUUGCAUCAUCCAAAUUUGUCACUAUGCAAUCACUUGUAAAGUAUUGGGCUUUACUCCAGGCGAAUUGAGAGAUUUGCUUUCAUGGUCAACUGGUCACUCGCAAGGUUUGAUCACCGCUGUCGCUAUUGCUGGUUCAUCAACUUGGGAAUCCUUUUUGGCCAACUCCAUCAAGGCAUGCUCGUUGAUGUUUUACAUUGGUUCAAGAUCAUUGAGCACAUACCCAAGAACAACUUUGCCACCAACAAUGUUGCAAGACUCAUUGGAACACGGUGAAGGUAGACCAGCACCAAUGUUGUCAGUAAGAGACUUGUCGUAUGACAAGGUUACCAAGUUUAUUGAACAAACAAACUCACACUUGCCCAAGGAAAAACACAUUGCCAUUAGUUUAAUCAAUGGUGCUAGAAACUUGGUCAUUUCUGGUCCUCCAGAAUCAUUAUACGGUUUCAACUUGAACUUGAGAAACAACAAGGCACCAAUGGGCUUGGACCAAUCUCGUGUCCCUCACAGUGAAAGAAAGUUGAAAUGUACCAAUAGAUUCUUGCCAAUCUUUUCACCAUUCCACUCACACUUGUUGGCAGACGCAACUGAAACCAUUAUGGAAGACGUUGCAUCUCUCAAGUUUGAUGAAUUGAAAAUUCCAGUUUACGACACCUUUGAUGGCUCCAACUUGCAAGACGAAAAAGACUCAACAAAAUUGAAUGCUAGGUUAAUUAAACUAAUCACCGAAUUACCAGUUCACUGGGAAAAAGCCACCGAGCACAAGGCAACACACAUUGUAGAUUUCGGUCCAGGUGGUGUUUCUGGUUUGGGUGUCUUGACCCACAGAAACAAGGAAGGUACCGGUGCUAGAGUCAUUAUUGCAGGUACCAUUGAUGCAAGCUCUGUUGACGACGAAUACGGUUUCAAACACGAACUUUUCCAAAGAUCAGACGACAAGCAAAUUAAAUGGGCUUCAAACUGGUUGCAAGAAUUUAAGCCAACUUUGGUGAAGACAUCUAAAGGCAAGACAUAUGUCAAUACCAAGUUCUCCCAAUUGUUGGGUAGAGCUCCAUUGAUGAUUCCAGGUAUGACGCCAACCACUGUUAACCCAGAGAUUAUUGCUGCUUCAAUUAAUGCUGGUUAUCACAUUGAGUUAGCCGGUGGUGGUUACUUUUCAGCCCCAAUGAUGACCAAGGCCAUUGAUGACAUUGUGGCUAAUAUCAAACCCGGUUAUGGAAUUGGUAUCAACUUGAUCUAUGUCAACCCAAGAAUGUUGCAAUGGGGUAUUCCAUUGAUUAAAGACUUGAGAGAAAAAGGUUACCCUAUCCAAUCACUUACCAUUGGUGCUGGUGUUCCAUCCAUUGAAGUUGCUACCGAGUACAUUGAAGACCUUGGAUUGACCCACUUGGGCUUGAAACCAGGUUCCAUUGAGUCUAUUUCCCAAGUCAUCACUAUUGCCAAGGCACAUCCAAACUUUCCAAUUGUGUUGCAAUGGACUGGUGGUAGAGGUGGUGGUCACCACUCUUUUGAAGAUUUCCAUCAACCAAUUCUUCAAAUGUACUCCAAGAUUAGAAGAUGUCCAAACAUUGUUCUUGUUGCUGGUUCAGGUUUUGGUUCUGAUGAAGAUACUUAUCCAUACUUGACUGGUUCAUGGUCGCAAAAAUUCAACUAUCCACCAAUGCCAUUCGAUGGUGUCUUGUUUGGUUCUAGAGUCAUGACUGCUAAAGAAGCACACACUUCAUUAGAGGCCAAGAAGUUGAUUGCCAGCUGUACCGGUGUUUCAGAUGACAAAUGGGAACAAACUUAUAAGAAGCCAACUGGUGGUAUUGUUACUGUUAAGUCAGAAAUGGGUGAGCCAAUCCACAAGAUUGCCACUAGAGGUGUUAUGUUUUGGAAAGAGUUGGAUGAAACAAUCUUUAACUUGCCCAAAAACAAGCUUGUUGAAGCAUUGAACAAAAAGAGAGACUACAUCAUUGCCAAGUUGAACAAGGACUCUCAAAAGCCAUGGUUUGCUAAGAAUUCUGAAGGUGAUUGUGACUUGGAAGAUAUGACAUACCAAGAAGUUGCCAACAGAAUGAUUGAGUUGAUGUAUGUCAACAAGUCCAACAGAUGGAUCGAUGUCUCUUUGAGAAAUUUCUUUGGUGAUAUCUUGAAGAGAAUCGAAGAAAGAUUCACUACUGAGAAUGGAGCCAUCUCUUUGAUUCAAAACUAUGCUCAAUUGAACGAUAAGCCACAAGAGUUUACCGAUAACUUUUUCAACCACUUUUCUUUGGCCAAGACUCAGUUAAUUUCAGAAGAAGAUUGUGAUUACUUUUUGAUGUGUGCUGCUAGACCCACUCAAAAACCAGCACCAUUCGUUCCAGUCUUGGAUGAGAGAUUUGAAUUUUUCUUCAAGAAGGAUUCAUUAUGGCAAUCUGAAGAUUUGGAAGCUGUUGUCGACGAGGAUGUGCAAAGAACUUGUAUCUUGCAUGGUCCAGUUGCCUGUCAAUUCACCAACAAGGUUGACGAACCAAUUGGUGAAAUCUUGGACAAUAUCCACGAGGGUCACAUUGCUAAAUUGUUGAAGGAUGAAUACAAUGGUGAUGUUUCAAAGAUUCCAGUUGUUGAGUACUUUGGUGGCAAAGCACCAAAAGCCUUUAAGCCAAUUGAAAAUGUCAAAAUUGUUACUGAUGAUGCCAAGCAACAAGUCACAUUUGAAAUUGGUUCUAAGGUGCCAAACAAGCAAGCUUGGUUGGACUUGUUGGCCGGUGAGCAAUUGAGUUGGUUACAAGCAUUUAUUUCUACCGAUAGAGUUGUUCAAGGAUCAAAACAUGUCGCCAAUCCUGCUCACGAUAUUUUGUCCCCUGCACCACAUAUUAAGGUGACUAUUGACCAGAGCACAAGCACUUUGAAUGUUUAUGAAAAUGUCAAGGGUGAUCUUGUUCCAGUUGUUGAGAUCAAAUUUGCUCAAGCAGACAACACCAUUACCUUGUCAUUGAUUGAACACAGAACUGCUGACGGUAAGCCUGUUGCAUUGCCAUUCUUGUACAAAUACCAACCAGAGGAUGGUUUUGCUCCAAUUGUUGAAGUUAUGGAGUCAAGAAACAAUAGAAUCAAGGAGUUUUACUGGAAGUUGUGGUUUGGCUCACACAUCCCAUAUGAUUUGGACAUCAAUGUUGAAGAACAAAUCUUGGGAGGUGAAGUUACCGUUACCGGUACCGAUAUUGCAAACUUUACCCACGCUAUUGGUAACAAAUGUGAAGCUUUUGUCAACAGACCUGGUAAAGUGACUUUGGCUCCAAUGGAUUUUGCCAUUGUUAUUGGAUGGAGAGCUAUUAUUAAAGCCAUCUUUCCUAAGACCGUUGAUGGUGAUUUGUUGAAAUUGGUUCACUUGUCAAAUGGUUACAAGAUGAUUCCAGGCGCAGCACCAUUGAAGAAAGAUGACGUUGUUUCCACCAAGGCUGAGAUCAAGGCUGUUUUGAAUCAACCAAGUGGUAAAUUGGUUGAAGUUGUUGGAACUAUUUAUCGUGAAGGAAAACCAGUUAUGCAAGUCUCAUCUCAAUUCUUGUACAGAGGUGAAUACACCGACUACGAAAACACUUUCCAAAAGGUCACUGAGACUCCAGUGCAAGUUGCUUUCAAAUCGUCAAAGGAUUUGGCUGUGUUGAGAUCUAAAGAAUGGUUCCACUUGACCAAGGAUGUUGAAUUUGAUAUGUUGACUUUUAGAUGCGAAUCUACUUAUAAAUUCAAGUCAGCCAACGUAUACUCGUCAAUCAUCACCACAGGUCAAGUAUUUAUGGAAUUGCCCACAAAAGAAGUCAUCCAAGUUGGUGAGGUCAAUUACGAAGCAGGUGUUUCAUAUGGUAAUCCGGUAACUGAUUACCUUGCAAGAAACGGAAAGACCAUUGAAGAAGCCAUCACUUUUGAGAAUGCUAUUCCAAUCUCAUCAAGCGAAGAAUUGAUCUCAAAGGCACCAGGUACCAAUGAGCCAUACGCUAUUGUUUCUGGUGAUUACAACCCUAUCCACGUCUCAAGAGUCUUUGCCGAAUAUGCCAAGUUACCAGGUACUAUUACCCAUGGUAUGUACUCAUCAGCAUCAGUUAGAGCUUUGGUUGAAGAAUGGGCUGCAAACAAUGUUGCUUCCAGAGUCCGUGCAUUCAAGUGUGACUUUGUUGGUAUGGUUUUGCCAAACGAUACUUUGCAAACUACCAUGGAACAUGUUGGUAUGAUCAAUGGUCGUAAGAUUAUCAAGGUGCAAACCAAGAAUAUCGAGACCGAUUUACCAGUGUUGAUUGGUGAAGCUGAGAUUGAACAACCAAUUACCACCUAUGUCUUUACCGGUCAAGGCUCUCAAGAACAAGGUAUGGGUAUGGACUUGUACAAUUCAUCUGAUGUUGCUAAAGAAGUUUGGGACAAGGCUGACAAGCAUUUCAUCAACAACUAUGGUUUCUCAAUUUUGGACAUUGUGCAAAAUAACCCUAAUGAGUUGACCAUCCACUUUGGUGGUGCCAAGGGUAGGGCUAUUAGAGACAACUAUAUUGGAAUGAUGUUUGAGACCAUUAGUGAAGAUGGUGAAUUGAAAUCCGAAAAGAUCUUUAAAGACAUUGACCACACCACUACUUCAUACACUUUUGUUUCGCCAACUGGUUUAUUAUCUGCUACCCAAUUCACUCAACCUGCUUUGACAUUGAUGGAAAAGGCUGCUUACGAAGAUAUCAAGUCCAAGGGUUUGAUUCCACUGGAUAUAAUGUUUGCUGGUCAUUCAUUGGGUGAGUACUCAGCCUUGAGUUCAUUAGCCAACGUUAUGCCAAUCGAAUCUUUGGUGGAUGUUGUCUUUUACAGAGGUAUGACAAUGCAAGUUGCCGUGCCAAGAGAUGAGUUGGGUAGAUCCAACUAUGGUAUGUGUGCUAUCAAUCCAAGCAGAGUCAGUGCUACAUUCAAUGAUGCUGCAUUAAGAUUUGUGGUUGAAGAAGUGUCGUCUAGAACUGAAUGGUUGUUGGAGAUUGUGAACUACAAUGUUGAGAACCAACAAUACGUUGCUGCUGGUGAUUUGAGAGCAUUGGACACCUUGACCAAUGUUUUGAAUGUCUUAAAGAUCAACAAGAUUGAUAUCGUCAAGUUGCAAGAGCAAUUGUCUAUUGAAGAAGUAAAGACACACCUUUACGAAAUUGUUGACGAGGUUAAAGCAAAGAGUCUUGCUAAGCCACAGCCUAUCGAGUUGGAGAGAGGCUUUGCUGUUAUUCCAUUAAAGGGAAUCUCCGUGCCAUUCCAUUCAUCAUAUUUGAUGUCUGGAGUAAAGCCAUUCCAAAGAUUCUUGUGUAAGAAGAUUCCAAAAUCAUCAGUCAAGCCUCACGACUUGAUUGGAAAGUAUAUUCCAAACUUGACUGCUAAACCAUUUGAAAUUACAAAGGAAUAUUUCACUGAUGUAUACAACUUGACAAAAUCAGAAAAGAUCAAGGCUAUCUUGGACAAUUGGGAACUGUACGAGAAGCAAUAG